AAGAGCUUAUCAGUGUGUCUCACUUACACUAGUGGACACUGUCGCCUGUGUACGUAGCUGGAAAACACCCUAUGAUGUAGUUCACUCACAUUUACAAAUCGAAAUCAAGAAACACAUGAAAUCUGUAUAGGUUUUCAGGUGCACAAACAGAGCGCAGACAACCGUUACCGGAAUUUGCGGAUGUAGAACGGAGAACAGUAUCUAACAGUAACUGCUUCGCUUAAGACGUGAUUUUAAAGAAAUAUAUGCGCAAAAACAGCGCAUGUUCUGACAACAUACAUCAAUUUUGAAUAUAUUAAGUUGAUUGGAUCUAAUUUAAUUUAAUAUUCACUGAUACUGUAAAAAUGUUACUUGAAGUGAUUUCCAUUUGUGUCCUUGCGUUUGGCACUAUCUUGUAUACUUUUCGUAAAAGUCAGAUUGGCAUGGACAUAUACUACACGAUACGAUACUUUUAUUGCGGAAUCAAAUACUGGCUCUAUGAUGUAUUCGACGCUAAAUACAACAAGAUCAGUGAUUUACCCUCUAUGCCGGAUAAAAUCGCAAUUGUAACUGGCGCUUCUAGAGGUAUAGGAGCAGAAGUAGUCAAAAAAUUACUACAGUGUAACAUGGAAGUUAUAAUCGCAUGUAGGACAAUCAACGCGGGUGAAAAGCUUAUUCUUGAAAUUAGAAAAUCCGGUAUUACUAGCGGGUGUGCAAAGGUUUACAAACUUGAUAACGCGUCUUUUAAAUCGGUGAGAGAAUUUGCCGAGCAAAUAAACAAGGAUUACAGCAAAAUUCAUAUAUUAAUUAAUAACGCUGGCGUCAUGUUUUCUCUUGUUUACACAACAACAAAAGACGGCUUUGAAGAACAGUGGGCAAUAAAUUAUUUGUCACACUUUUUACUGACAUUCCUUCUUUUGCCGUUAUUGGAAGCCGGUGGACAGCCCGAUAGUUGUAGCAGAAUUAUAAAUGUUACAUCGUGUGCUAAUACUAUUGGAGACAUGAACUUCAACUAUAUCAAAAAUUGUUCCAAAAACACAUACUGCCGACAUUUAUCGUACGCUGAAAGUAAAUUAGCACAGACAGUGUUCACGAUAACAUUGCAUAAACUCCUAAAAAAUAGAUCGGUAAACGUGCAAGUAUAUUCAGUGCAUCCAGGUAUAGUGAGGACAGAUUUGUUCAAGAAUACUUUCUUUGCUCAAGAUGGCAAAUGGCUUACGACACUAUGGAAGACACCUGAACAGGGAGCUAUUCCAAUAGUAUAUGUUGCAGUCAACAAAGAUGUUGAAAUAAAGAGUGGCACGUAUUUUAGCAAUUGUAAAGAAGUAGCUGCGCCUUCUUUAGCACUAAAAGAGGAUAUUCAAAAAGAAUUGUUUGAAUUGACUCUAAAACAAGUAAAAUUAAGCGAUUUUUUCCAACUUUUAUAACAUAAUCGUUUAUUUUACAUUUUUGGCAAAAAAUGGAUUUUAUUGAACAUGGUACUUAUAAAAGAAUCAUGAGUGUUUUUUAAUUCUAAUCAAUAUGACAAAAUACAACUACUUAAUAAUAUUAAAUAAACAUUGCAAAAAUGUGAACAAAAGUUCUAUAAAAUGUUUUUACCUAGAAGUUUUGCGCUACUAAAUAUAAAAUACAAUACUAAUAUAUAUACACGUAACAAAACAAGUAUUAUAUGUAUAUAAAAUAUGUAUAUAACAAGUAUUAUGUGUAUAAGAAACACAUUUAAAUGUAUACCACAGAUCUUGUUCUUUUUUGAGAGAUACAACCAGUAUAAUAUCGUUGUUAUUCGAAGAAUGCACUUUAUUUGUGUAAGACAUUUUACAAUAAAAGUUUUGCAUACAAAUUUUCGUGUUUUCAAAUUUGACAUAGUAAAUAUAUUUUCUUAAUUUGGUGUAAAGAAAGGUGAUAUGUAACCAGGACAAUUUUUAUUACAAAUUACGAAUUACGCAUAUUUUUAAAUAAUAUUGCACUAAAACAAAAGACAUACAUGUG